AUGCCUCCAUCAAGACCAAAGCCCUCUGAGAUAGCUGCCGAGGCCAAAAGAGUAUGGAUGCCUCACAUCUGGAAAAACUAUAUUCGAGACUCCAAGACUUCCUAUCUCUACCCAGAUGCAUCAAAAAUAAGAGUCAAUAUCGACAAGCGGUCCUCACAACGGACGAGAGUAGCGGUUAUGGAGGGUGACCCGGUCAACUACGCCUUGGGCUGGUACCAGAGCGCAGUGAACGCAGAGCCCAACUGUAAACGAAUACCGGUAGUCAACGUGGCCAACGAGAAGCGUGCUGGAGGUGACUGGGAGUCUGGCCUGAUGGCUCCAGAAGAGUGUUUUGCACGGCGAAGCAAUCUCGUCCAUGCUCUCACCAUGCCCUGGAACGCACAACUUGGGAAAGAAGAAAACUUUUACCCAAUACCACAAUGUGGUGGCAUAUACUCCCCUGACGUUUACGUCUUCCGCGGAGGCCCAGAUCAAGACUAUGCCACUUUCAACGAAAUUGCAUCGCUACCUGUCAUCUCCGUGGCACCAGUAAGGAGGCCAAAACUCGACGAGAGUGGCACGAAAUACUCAUUUGCCCAGGAGAAAGAGCUGAUGAAGGAAAAGAUGCGGACUGUCCUCCGAAUCGCUUCUUACUGUGGCCACAGAAACGUCGUCCUGGGCGCGUUUGGCCUAGGCCCCAUCUUCCGCAACCCUCCCGCAGAAGUCGCGCGUAUGUGGAGGAGACUCUUGUUCGAAGAGGAGGAAUUUCACGGUGCCUUUCAAGACAUUGUGUUUGCGAUAGACAGCAGCAUGGUGGGUGCGCCAUCCAAAGGGUCUCUUUCAGACGUGGAGAUCUUUAGACAAGAGUUUGACCCCGCAACCAUAUGGCCGACCAAAUGGUGA